UGAGGAUCAGUCUGAAAUUCUCCUAAGUGUAGAAGCAUUUGUCUUCGAAGUCCAUGGACAGAACGCAAGGACAGGAAAGUUCAUGUGUAUCGGUGAGCGCGGAGUGAAGGGACUGAUAAGAAGGUUAUGGAUGGCGCUUUGGUCGAGCAGAAGGCUUGUGAGAUACGGAUUGGUCCACAGUGUGAUAGUUCAGACAAUGAGCAAGGAGGCUUUGGUAAGAAGAAAAGUGUGGAAGGUAGAAAAAGAAAACGAGGAUCAUGGACAGAUGUUCUUGGGGUGAAAGGUAGUUACAGUCCUCCAGAGCGAAUUCCAUGGUGUAUUGGGUUCAAAGCAACAAGAGCAUCAGAAAGUGAGAGUGAAGUGUCUGAAUCAUCCAGCACAGUUUACUUUGUGAAAGGUUACGAGUCUGCUGUGACUGCUAUUGUGACUGACUCUGAAGAUGAUCUUUUUUUUCUGAAUGGAGAUGUUGAGACUGUGGAAUAUGAGCCUCCUGAUUCUGACACAGAAGAACCUGAGGAAGAAGAGGAAGAUGACGAUGAAAGUGAUACUGAAAAUAUAACCAGUUCAGAAGAGGAUCCUGGGGCUGAAGGAGGAGAUGAGUAUGAAGGGGAUAGGGAAUCUGAUUCAGAAUUUGAUGAAGAUGACUUUUGGGCAUGCUCACAUUGUGACUUGAAAAACCAUCCAUUUUCUCCCCGAUGUGCUCGUUGCUGGAUUGAGAGACAUGCCUGGCUGCCUACAUUGAAAAGAUUGACUUCAGAACCUAAUAUAGAUUUAACAGGAUCAACAGACAAAUCAUGCUCACAUUCUCUUCAAAAAUCUUCGUCACUUGCCGUUACACCAACCAUUGACCAUCCAUCCUCAACAGUGGCAUUAUCAACAGUUGUGCCACUUCCUAAUCUUGCAUCAUAUAUUGAGGGUUCAUCUUCAUCAGUAAAGGAGAAUACUGAAAGACUGUCUCAUGCUUCAAAUCACACUACAUCAAAAGCUGAAAAUCCCAGCAAAACUUUGCUACAGAACUUCAACAAUGAAAACUCUGCAUCAGGGUUUACACCUGACUUGUGCAUAAUUUGCUUGACGCAACCUCGAAAUGCUAGUAUUGUUCAUGGAAGAACUGGUCAUCUUGUGUGUUGCAUUGGAUGUGCGGAGAGACUAAAGGAAGAAAAAAAGAAAUGUCCAGUGUGCCGCAAGAAAAUCAAACUGGUGGUUAAAAAUUUCUUCUAGAUCAUUAAUUUUCUUUCAUCAUGUUUGCCUUCCAGCUUUACUCUUUCUCUCUCUCGCUCUCUUUGCCUUCUUCUUCUCACCCAAAAUAAUAUCAGCAAGUGAAAAGAUGUAUUUCUGAAACAAUUGAAAAUUUGGGUAUGUGCAAUCUUUGGAAACAGGAAUUGUAUUCAAAGGUUCUUCAAAGAGACACCCUUCUUUCCCAACAUGUCUCUUCCUUUAGCACAAUACAUUUGUCCUGUCAUAUUUUAGGACUUUUUGACAAGGUGGCAUGGUUAAUCUGUUCCAGAUAAGUAUCUCAUACUAAGGUGGGAAGACAGUCAUCUGUGGCUAAUUUUUUGCCAUGUCUGACUUGCGGGGUGAUAAUUUUUUCUUCAAGGUGAAGGUAGCAGUUUUUUUGUUUGUCUAUUUUAGAAUUAAGUAUAAGUUGAAACAUUUUUCCUACAAUUUAGUUCAAUUCUCAAUACUUUAAUAUCAAUAACACAGUCCAGCCAUGCAUAUUUGAAAUUAUGUUAAAUGUUUUAUAAAAUUAUGUUUUUAACAUUGAUGUAGUUUCCAUAAGUGGAACACUGUCUAUAAUGUUACUGUGUUUUCAGGAUUUUGUUAAAUUGUGAAGUACAAGCUUACAUUAAGCAGAAAUUCAUGAACUUCCCUGAAAACAUUCCAGUGAAGAAUCCCCCAAUUUUAAAUACUUUUUUAUGUUUCUUAUAAUAGUAUCUAAUUAGAUGUUUAAAAAGUUAUAAUUUAUUUCACUUUAUGUAAGAGAUAAAAUGCCUACUUAGGGGUUUUCCAUCGUGUUUACACGUAACCAGUAGUGGUAGCAUUUUUACAUCCAAAAAGUUCUAUUUACAUACUUUGGUUGAUACAGUAAUGGUUAAGCUAAAGGAAACUAGCUUUUAUAGCAUUGCUACCGGCUGAAUUUUAAUCAAGAUUAUUUUCCAAGUAAUAGCGAUCUGAGAAAAGUAUUUUUAACAAAAUAAUGACUUUUUUUACUUAGUAUCAUGUGGAAACUGUUUACUCCACAGUGUCAAGAAAUAACCUCUUUAUAAAGCCACCGUGUUUUGAUUUAACUGUUUCCACAUUUGCCACAGUUUAAAGUUGUCAAUAUUAGUAGAAGAUGACAAAUGAAACGAGUUUGAAAACUAAAGUUUAAUAUUGUCUUAUAAAGAAUGAAAUAUGAAUGAUAGAGAACACAGCUUGGGGAUUCAUUUCUUUGCUUUUUUUUCCUUAUGUGUUAUUUACUACGUAAAGUUUAUCAAAAAUUGUGAAUUGCUAGACAAUUCCUAUGUCUGUACUUAUUGCACUUCUUGCACCGUUGCAUGAUGGAUUUUGGUCGAGUGUUUGUAACAGUUUUAACAACACCAACAUCGUUGUAACCACUGAUUGUUUCGGUUUUUUAUCAGAUUAGGAGAAGAUGUUUAGUCUGAGGACUUUUUAGUGGGUAAUUUUCUGGUUUCUUUUCAUAGUCAGCAUGUUAACUUAAAAAGAUCUCAUAUAAUAAGAAUGCCUUUGUAAGGUUAUCUCGUAACUGUAUUGUGACAAACUCAUACUCGCGGGCCUCUGGGUACUUUUGGUUUUACUAAAAAAAAACUAGAGGACUGCCACAUUAUCGUAUCGCUUUUUGUUCUAUUCACGUUUUUUUUCAAAAGAUGAUGUUAUUAUUCAAUUAUAAACUUAAAUCGGUCUAAGAUAAAUUGAUUCAGCUAAUAACCUUUUAGUGGAUAGGAAAAAUUUACUUAUUUCUUAUAAAGUCAGCAUCAAAGGAGAUUUCAUACGUAGAAGUUCCGUCUAUUUCUUUACUGGAUGUGUAGAAGUUUUGAAGAGUAAUAAUUUUUUUUAUAGAGGUGGAAAGCAUCUUAGUACUGUAUGUGAUACAAACUUAAUUUUUAAAGUGUGUCAACAUAUUUUAUUGAAGUUAGAUUACUGAACAAUAUAACAAAUAUAUUUUUAAGGCAAUAAGACGUAUUUUUAUCAUAUUGGUUUGUAUUGCACCAGCAUAAUUCAACUUAGUGUGCUGAACUAUAUGACCAUGUUAUGGCUGGACUGUGUUACUGAUAUAAGUGUAUAUAUUAUAUGAAAUCAUAGGUCUAAUAUUACUUAAAAUUUAUGUAUUUUAGAGCGCGUUUCAUUCGAACGUUACAAAAUUGCAGCCAGAGUUUUCACCAAGGCCAGUCAUAAGGAAACAAGGAGCAAAUGAGAACACAGGGUGAAAACAAGCUAACGUUUUGAAGCGUGGGAAAACGUGACUGACCGAAUCACGAUUGAUUAGGAUUUUGUGUAUUUGAUUGGUUGAGAGAGUCGCGCGAAUUUUUCUUGACCAAUCAUAGAUCCCGGUGGUGACGAUCAAUUGAAAAGUGCUCUAAUUUUUGUUAAACGAAGAUAAAAUCUGUUACCUCCCAAAUACAGACGGGCUUUUUUAAAAUUUAAUUUGUUGCUUUGAGUGAUGUUUAAAAUCCUGAGAAUUUUCUCAGAUCUGUGGAGGCGAUUCAAUGGUAUUCCAAACUGUCGACCUGUUUGAAAUAAUCAAACACAUGAACAAGCACAACUGCUAUCGAUUAUUUGAAUUUUAUUUGCUUUAGAAGUGCACUGUAUACUUAAAUAAGAGUAGUGUCAGUAUUUUUAGUUUUUCCUACUACUUAGGAAAGUUAAAAGAACAAGUUGUUUGUUUUGAUUCGUCUUUAGUUGUUGUUUUUCAUUUAAGUUUGUACGUGUACCUUAAUGUAGCCUGCAUGACAACAAUUAACUUCCUCUUCAAAAUCUUAAAGGUCAAGACGUAGUGACUCAAGAAUGUGGUCAACCCAGGGUGUGUUAUGUAGAUUAUCGUUUUCAUAUCUUUUUGGUAGCUUUAUCAAACCAAUGUAUGACCUUAGAACUGACAGAUCUAACUUGACGUGCUGCGGAGACUUCUAGCAGUAAACUUUGUUGCUGUCAAUUCGUAAUAGAGUUUCUCUAUCGUUGUUCUGUGACACAGCAGUUCGAAAAACAGCGGCUCAUUUUGGACUCCAAAAAAUGAUUCAAACAUUGUGCUGUUCUUACUGUGCUCUGCUGCUUUAUUAAGGCCUUUAAUUUGUUUGAUGUAUUCUAGUUUUUCUAAAUGUGUAGCUUUGUCGCAAUUCUCGUAGAGGAAGAAAACAGUUGGAUAGUUGGCAACCAGUUGUGAAAAGAAAGUGUACUUUGUUAAAAGCAAAGGAUGAUCCUUUGCUUCUUUAGAAAUGAGGUCAAUUAAAGUAAAGUAUGUUUUUUUUCUUAA